AUGAGGAAACAACUUUGGUUGAUAUUGAAGCAUGUGAGCGGCAGUGCAGAAAAAAUGAAUGUGGUAAAUUACAUAACUAGAACUCCACCAGCACCAGUUGAGGACUGCUACUAUAAGAAGGGUGCGUACUUGCCUGGCUCACUUUCUAGCAACUCCAUCCAGAAUUCGACGAUUGAUGGGCAUUGUAUGGCAGUCCCUACUGGAGGAGGUAAACAAACCAUUGAUCCUCCUAUGCUGUCUGAGGUUGAGAUUGUGGUAGAAAGAGAUGAAGAUGAGAUUGAGGUUACUGGAAAGUCUAAAAAUGCUACAGAGAAAGAAACGGAACUGACCCAAAAAGUCGUUCCCAUGCCUAGACCUCCACCUCCAUUCCCACAAAGAUUGGUGAAGAAGACCAAAGAAGAAGCUUUGGAUCAAAUGCCUGGGUAUACGAAAUUUAUGAAGGAUUUGGUAACCAAAAAGAGGGAUGUUAGUUUUGAGGAUGAUGCAAGGUUACAACAUUGUAAAGCUAUUGUUACGUGGUCAUUAGUGAAAAAGAAGGAGGAUCUUGGAGCUUUCACUAUUCCUUGUACCAUUGGGUUGUUAAAUUUUGCGAAGGCAUUGGAGACCAUUCCUUGCUACUGGGUGCGCCUUGGUCAAUAUGGAAAGAGGGCAGAUGAAGUGCCGAUUGAAAAUAAAGAGGUAACUUUCAAUAUAUGUAGGUCUAUGAAGAAGGAAAGUGAUCUCAAGUCAGUAUUAGUGGUGAAUCAUAUUGUGGAGCGAGGUUUUGAAGUUUCUAUCGAAGAAAGGUUGGGUGUUGAUGCACUGGCAACGGUAAUGAUAAAUUUUGAGGGUGAUGGUAUUGAAGACUAUGAUGAAUUAGUUGCCACACUUCAUAGGUUCGAAUUCCGUUCCAAACCAAAGAAAUUUGAGCUAAAUAUGAAGAAUCGCAACUCCCCACCUGAAAAACCAUCUGUGGAAGAAUUUCCAAAAUUUGAGCUCAAGGAAAUCAUCAAAUGGUUGGAUGCUGGAGUCAUAUACCCCAUUGCAAAUAGUAGUUGGGUCUUUCCUGUUCACUGUGUACCUAAGAAAGGUUGGAUGACUGUGGUUCCUAAUGUGAAAAAUGAGCUUAUUCCGAUGAGGCCAGUGACUGGAUGGAGAGUAUGCAUGGACUACCACAAGCUUAAUGCUUGGACAGAAAAAGAUCAUUUACCGAUGUCGUUCAUGGAUCAGAUGUUGGACCGUCUUGCUAGUAAGGGUUGGUAUUGCUUUCUUGAUGGGUAUUCGAGGUACAAUCAGAUCUCCAUUACUACGAAAGACCAAGAGAAUACCACCUCACUUGUCUGUUAUGUGACUUUCGCCUUCAAAAGGAUGUCAUUUGGGUUUUUUGUAAUGCGCUAG